GUUCCCACCUCCCCAGUUUUAUCCCACCUCUCUCCUCUGCUUCCUCCAUCCCUCCAUGGCCUCCUGAGGUUCCUCCUGGUCCUCCUGGCCUCCUUCUGUUUACUGCCCUGCCCAGCACAGGCAGCAUGGUUUCGUGUCGGGGUGGUGGGGCCGUGGGGGUGCGAUCCUCUCUUUGCCAAGGCCCUCCCAAGUGUGGCAGCACAACUUGCCGUCAACCGUAUCAACAAGGACCCGGCACUGGCCUACGCUACAACGUUCGACUACUCUGUGCUGCAGGAGCCAUGUGAGACAUCACGGGCCCUGGAGACGUUCAUUGGUUUCCACACAAAGGCCUCGGGAUACAUUGGACCAGCCAACCCCGGCUACUGUGAUGCUGCAUCAAUGCUGAGCAAAGGCUGGAACAAAGCAUUGUUUUCUUGGAGCUGUGUUGGCUAUGAGCUAGACGACGUUCGGAGCCACCCCACCUUUGCACGCUCCAUGCCGAGGCCCACCUGGGUGCUGCUCAGCAUCAUAAACUACUUCAGGUGGGCCCAUGUUGGCAUCAUCUCUUCCUCAGACGACGUCUGGGUUGAGACGGCCACCAAGGUGGCUGAUUCCUUGAGGAGUCAUGGUCUGCCCGUCAGACUGAUCAGUUUUAUGGAGAACACGCCUCACGGCAUCAGACGAACUCUGCACAAGCUACGCAAGAUGAGGGAAAUACGAAUUGUGAUCCUCUGUAUGCACUCGGCUCUGAUCGGCGGUGGAGUCCAGAAGCAGCUCUUGGAGACGGCCUACGACAUGCAGCUGAUCGACGGCUCCCUGGUCUUUGUGCCCUAUGACACCUUCCUCUACAGCCUGCCCUACCGCAACGUCACCUACCCAGCUCUGAAGAGGAACAGCAAACUGCUGCGGGCCUACGACGCCGUGUUAACCGUCACCAUCAACUCACCCCAGAUGUCCUUCUACGAAGCCUACAGUGAAGCCAUGGAGAGGGGGGAGGUGGCCAAGACGCUGAAGCCUCACCAGGUGUCUCCACUCUUUGGCACCAUCUACAACUCCAUCCUCGUCAUGGCUCACGCAGUUUAUCGUGUUCGGGAAGCUCGGGAGUGGAUGUCUGGGGGAAACCUGGCAAGACACACCCGCAACCUGGACCUCCAGGGCUUCAGCCACCCCAUCAAAACCAACGGCUCUGGAGCAGCUCUGCUGGAGUACCUCAUACUUGACACUGACGGACUCUCCUGGGAGCUGAAGCCAACAUACAGCAUCAAUAUGGAGACCGGCAUGGUGCGUUUCCUGGGUCGAGAAAUCCACUUCCCUCGUGGCUACAAACCAAGGAAGGACUCCUCCUGCUGGUUUACUCCUGGAGUCAUCUGCUCAGGGGGUGUGGAUCUGUUCUCCACCAUCAGCAUGUUCCUCGGCACUAUGUUUGCCUCUGUUUUUGCAGUGGCACUUAUUUACUGCAUCAGGCGACGCAUCCAUCAGAUCCAACUGCUUAAGGGUCCAAACAAGAUCUUGCUGACUCUGGCUGAUGUCACAUUUAUCAACCCGUCACUUAGCAACAAGAAGCUGAGUCUGGAUGACAGCAGGACAAGUGGCAUGAGGAGCGUGUCAGAAAUCACGUCGCCAGUUUCCACCCAAUCCCCGGCCACCCACGAGAACACCAACGUCGUCAUUUUCGAGGGUGACUGGGCGUGGCUGAAGAGACUUCCCGAUGGGUCGUUCAGCAGCAUCAACCCCAAAACCAGCCAAGUGUUUGAACUGAUGAAGGACAUGCGUCAUGAGAAUGUGAACCCUUUCCUGGGCUUCUUUCACGACUGCGGCGUGUUCGCCAUCGUGACUGAGUUCUGCUCCAGAGGAAGUUUGGAGGACCUGUUGCUGAAUGAGGAGGUCAAACUUGACUGGAUGUUCAAGUCGUCGCUGCUACUGGAUUUAAUUAAGGGUAUGAAGUACCUCCAUCACCGCGGAGUGAGCCACAAUCGUCUCAAGUCCCGUAACUGUGUGGUGGACGGGCGUUUUGUCUUGAAGAUCACAGACUACGGCUACAGCGACGUUCUGGAGGCUCAGAGGUUACCCUACAUGGAACAACCUGCAGAUGAGUUACUGUGGACGGCUCCAGAGAUCCUGAGGAGCGGGAGGCCGGAGCUUCACGGGAGUCUGGCUGGAGACGUGUACAGCUUUGCCAUCAUCAUGCAGGAGGUGGUGGUCAGAGGGCCUCCGUUCUGUAUGCUGGACCAGUCCGCCAUAGAAAUAAUAGAGAAGUUGCGUAAGCCUCCUCCUCUGUGUCGUCCAGUGGUCAGUCCAGACUACGCUCCUUUAGAGUGCAUCCACCUGAUGAAGCACUGCUGGAACGAACAGCCAGACAAAAGACCCAGCUUUGAUGAGAUCUUCGACCAGUUUAAGAACAUCAACAAGGGGAAGAAGACCAACAUCAUAGACUCCAUGCUGAGGAUGUUGGAGCAGUACUCGUCUAACCUGGAGGAGCUGAUCAGGGAGCGAACGGAGGAGCUGGAGAUCGAGAAACAGAAGACGGAGAAGCUGCUGACACAAAUGCUUCCUCCGUCUGUGGCCGAGGCUUUGAAGGUGGGCGGUACCGUCGAACCGGAGCACUUUGACAACGUGUCGCUUUACUUCAGCGACAUCGUCGGCUUCACCACCAUCUCAGCCAACAGUGAACCUAUCGAGGUGGUUGACCUGCUCAAUGACCUCUACACGGUCUUUGACGCCAUCAUAGGAAACCAUGAUGUCUACAAGGUGGAGACUAUAGGUGAUGCUUACAUGGUGGCGUCAGGUGUUCCCGUUCCUAAUGGCAAUCGCCAUGCUGCAGAGAUAGCCAACAUGGCCCUCGAUAUCCUGAGUGCCGUGGGAACCUUUAAAAUGAGACACAUGCCUGACGUUCCUGUCAGGAUACGUAUUGGACUACACACAGGUCCAUGUGUAGCAGGUGUUGUAGGUCUCACCAUGCCUCGCUACUGUCUGUUUGGAGACACAGUGACCACUGCCUCUCGUAUGGAGUCCAGUGGGUUGCCCUACAGGAUCCAUGUCCACCAGAGUACAGUGAAGGUCCUGCGGGAGCUAAAUCUCGGCUACAAGGUGGAGUUGAGAGGCAAGACAGAAGCCAAGGGGAAAACAGUGGAGGAGACCUACUGGCUUGUAGGGAGAGAGGGAUUUAACAAACCCCUUCCUGUUCCUCCAGAGGUCAAGUCCGGGCAAAUGGCCCAUGGGCUGCAGAUGGCCGAGAUAGCCCAGUACAAGAAACGGAAAGCAGAAAGACAGCAACAGGAACACACCCGCAGCAGCUUUUCAAUGAACGAGUCGAAGGACCUGAAGCGUGCGUUUCACAAGGCGGUGAAGAAGAUCUCUCAUGUUCGCGUGGUGACUCAGGUCCUUGGGCCUGAUGAGGACAACAACGUCAUGUUGUCGCACCACUGACCGACCUGUAGUUUACAACUUUGCCUGGACUGGAGUUUCUGUUAGGACUGAGCUAUCACAUCACACAAAAGUGAAAACCAUCCUGAUAUUUCCUUAUGGAAUUCCCCGCUAGUGAUCAUCCACGGCCAAAGGUUUCGGUUAGGUGAAAGUGUUAGUUCAGAUUACCACUGUGUGUCUGUGUGUAUUAACGGCUUGAGUCGAGGCGAUGACGUCCCGUGUGGAACUAUGUAUAGAGGCAGAGGAGUGGUGACUCAGCAGAGCAGGGAUCUACACAAACUGUCUGUCAGCAGCAGCUAAUCUCUCCUUCAUUUCCUCCUCCUUCGCUUCCCUCUUUCUCUGUCUGAGGAGAGGAGAGGAGGAAGCUGAAGUGAGGAGAGCAAAUGAAGAAGGGAAGGAUGGGGAAUAGAGAGGUGAGGAGGCAGCAGGAGAGUAGAUUUUAACUCCCAGCUUGUGAAGGAAUGUGGCAUCUUGGGUUUGUGAUUGGCUACCAAGUUGUCAAAGUUGGCAAAACACAUUUAUACUCCCAGAAAUAGAAAUAAUGAAACAGUAGAGAGAUGACAGUAAAUGACAUUAAGAUUAUUGUAGAGCUGCGGGUAAUGAUAAUUGUCAUUCUCUGCCCAUUAUUUUCUUAAUUGUUUUUCUAUAAAGUGUCAGAAAACAGUGAAAAAGGCCCCAAAAACUUCCUGGACUCCACGGUGACACAUUCAGAUGGCUUGAUUUGUCUGACCAACAGUCCAAAGGCCAAAUAUAUUGAAUUUCCUUUAGUAGAGGACUAAACGUGUGUGGAAAGUGAAGUGAAGUGAAUCUUACUGUAAAUAAAUCUGACACCAGAAUUUUAAUGGACUUUAAAUAGUGUAUGAAUUUGAAUUUGUGUAGGAGGGCUUGACAUCUUCGUGCAAUGUGACUUUUUCGCCACAGUUUUCCAUCUUGUAGCUCUGUUGAAAUGUUUUAUUUUGUUUACAACACCUGUGUCGAUGUAAAUACAACUUAAUAUCA